GAAGCGCCGCUGCCUGUGAUGUUUAAUGUUGUUCGACGGAAAGCGUUAAGUUUUGUUUUUAUUGACAUUUUGAGCGUUACAGCGGUGCGCAAACAUGGGGAAAUCUUUUGCCAAUUUCAUGUGCAAGAAAGAUUUUCAUCCUGCAUCAAAAUCCAACAUAAAGAAGGUAUGGAUUGCAGAGCAAAAAUUAACCUUUGAUAAGAAGAAGCAGGAGGAGCUGAUGCAAGCUUACCUGAAGGAGCAGGACACCUACAACAACAGACUGUUGAUGGGUGAUGAUCGUGUGAAAAAUGGCCUUAAUUUUAUGUAUGAAGCACCACCGGGAGCAUCCAAAGAAGAGACUAAAGAGGGAGGAGAAUCUGAGUACAGGUUUGAGUGGCAAAAAGUGGCUCCUCGUGAAAAGUAUGCAAAGGAUGACAUGAAUAUUCGUGAUCAGCCUUUUGGGAUUCAGGUGCGGAAUGUACGCUGUAUUAAGUGUCAUAAAUGGGGUCAUGUGAACACUGAUCGUGAGUGUCCUCUUUUCGGCCUGUCAGGGAUCAAUGCCAGCUCUAUGGCCAGUGAUGAAGCAGGUCCGUCAAUGCACCCCUCCGAGUUAAUGGCAGAGAUGCGAAACAGUGGGUUUGCUCUGAAGAAAUGUGUCCUUGGGAGGGACACGACCAUGUGUGAUCCAGCACAGGAGUUUGUGGGCAGUGAAGAUGAAGAGGAUCCUGAGGUGGAGUUCCUGAAGUCUUUAUCCACCAAACAAAAGCAGAAACUGCUCCGAAAACUUGACCGCCUUGAAAAGAAAAAGGAGAAGAAGAAGAAGAGUAAAAAGGAGAAAAAGAAGAACAAAAAGAAGCAGAAAAAGAAACCAACUAAGAGUGAGAGUUCGACCAGCAGCUCUUCAGACAGCAGUGACAGCAGCAGUAGCGACUCUGAGGAUGACAAACACUCUGGAAAGAAAGCCAAGAAGAAAAGCAAGAGAAAGAGAGAUGCUUCCAGUGACAGCAGCUCUGAGACAAAGCUUGAUAAACACAAGCAGGGGAAUGAUCGCUCCCACAGUCUGGACUCCAAACAGAUGCGCUCAAAACAGCGCUCUCCGACACGCAAUGAGCAAAGCGGAAGAGCAGUGAAGGGUCAAAGAUCACCAGGCGACAAGGACAGAAUGAGACGGGAUGGCAUAGAGAGAUUGAGGGAUGAGAGAGAGAGGCACAGGAGUAGGAGUAAUGAGAGAGGAAGAGAUAAAAGAGACAGGAGCAGAAGCCCUCAGAGAUGGCGGGAUGAGAAUGAGAGAGGUAAGGACAGACGCAGGAGCACGAGCAGGGAGAGAGGGAGAGAAAGAAGAGACCGGAGCAGAGAACGAGAGAAGGCUAAGAGAGAAAGGAGCAGAAGUCGUGAGAGAGAAAGGGAUGGUAAUGGGAACAUGAAAAGGAGUGUCAGUCGGGAACGAGGGAGGGGUCGACAAAAACGGAGCAGAAGUAAUAGCAGAGGUGCUGAGAAAAGGAAAGAAAAGGGCAAAGGAAAAUAGCUGAAAUGAUCUCAACAAGUUAGUUUGGCUUCCUCUAUUACUAUAUUGUCUCAUUUUACAUUUAAAAAAAAAAAAAAAAAUGGUUCAGCCAAAAAUGAAAACUUACCCUCGUGUCAUUCCAAACCUUUUACUUUCUUUCUUGGAACAAAUUUUCCUUAAAAUGAAUGGUGCCAUGGACUUGGGCUUUGCGUUCCACAAAAGAAAAAAGUCCAGGUUUGGAUGGGCACGAGGGUGAGGAAACGAAAAUGGAAUUUAAAGUAGUUCACCCAAAAAUAAUUAGCUCAUUAUUUACUCACCCAUCUCAAACUUGUAUGACUUUCGUUCUUCUGCGAAAAAUAAACAUAGAUUUUUUUUUAGAAGGAGAUAUGAUCUUUAUAUCCAAUGCAAGUCAAUGGGGUCGAACACUUUCUAGCUCCAAAAAUGACAGAGGCAGUUAAAGGUAAUCCAUCUUGAGUGGUUUAAUCCAUGUCUUCCGAAAUUACACAAUCGGCCUUGGGUGAGAAAUAGACCAAAAUGUAACUCCUUUUUCACUCUUAUCUUGCAUGUGCAGAAUGCUGUAUCGUUAUGCUACCUUUAUGUCCUUUUUGGAGCUUGAAAGUGAUGGACCCCACUGACUUGCAUUGUAUGGAUAUAAAUGCAUCAUUCAUCUAUGAAAAUAUCUUUAUGUUCCGCAGAAUAAAGAAAGUCAUACGAGUUUGAGAUGACAUAAGGGGGAGUAAAUGAUGAGAGAAUUUUCUUUUUUGGGUGAACUAUUCAUUUAAUAUGUGGCAGUGUUGGUAUUUUUGCCAGAAGAGGGCGCCAUAAGAAUAUAGAAACUGUACACUUCAGAAACCAGAAAUUAAAAUUAUGUUUGGCUCAUUCUUUCAGGGUGUUUUAAAUAUGGUUUAUGUGAUGUCUUGGAACAACAUGUGUUGGUGCAUUUUUAAGUUUUUCUUUUUACAAAAUGCAAAUCAGAUAUUGCCAAAUGUAGUUUGUGGCUGAAUAUCUAUAGUUUCCUUGUAAAGGAAAAUGUAUAGCUUGUAAAAAUGUCUUAAACACGGAUCUUAUGAUACUUGCAUUGCAUUCAUUUCAACAAAACUUAGUAUCAGUAUAAUAUAUUAAUAACUCUUUCAGCUUUAAUAGUGUUUCAGGGCCUACACGUGUGUUGUUUCUUUAAAUGGGAUUUGGGACUUUCCACACGUAAUUGUGACAUUAUGGUUUUAAUUCAGCAGCCUUACCCUAAAAAUGUGCUUCCUGUGGUAACAUCUAAAUUAACUGCUUUUAUUCAAGUUAUUAUAUUUAAUCUGAAUCAACCUGACUACAUUUGGUGACACCUUCGAAAGUAAUUGUUAAGGGUCAGUAGGUCUAUUAAAGUUAAGAAAACCUUCAGUAAUAAUUAUCAGGCUAUUCUCACUAACUAUAGGUUUUCUUAACUUUAGGGGUUUCUAUCAACCAGUUGCAACACAGGUAGAAAUAGCUCUUUGUUAACAACUGCACAUUUUCACUUUUUUCUGUGACUGUUUCAUGGGCGUCACGUUGUUUUAAAAAGUGGUGGGGACAUUCGCAUCACGAACUGGCCAAAUUCAUGAAUAUUGGGUUAUUCGCAGAUAAUGUCAAAUAAUGUUUUACUGUUUUGAUAAAAAGUAAUUAUUGUUGACCUAUUCAAGCACUCCAAUAAACAUUCUACAUAAUUGA